ACGCGACGUAUAAAACGAAACACGUAAGAAACAGAGUCUACAAUCUCUUAAAAGGUCGCAUAUUCAUAUUUCAUCGUCAUUUCGUAAAGGAGCAAUCGAUCCAGAGCUCCUUUGUUCUUUUGUGGUUUGUAAGAGAGCGGUGGAGAAAAGAGCAAUAUGGGAAGAAAGCUCGACGCUUUGCUUGGAAGGAGCCAGAAGACCACAAAGUUGAAACCACUCCUCAGUCUUGCUCUCUCCCGCGUCGCCGUCCUCAAAACCCAGCGUCAGGCCAAGUGUAGCCAGUCCCGCUCGGAUGUGCUCCAGCUCCUCCAGCUCGGUAACCAUGACCGAGCUCUUCUUCGAGUUGAGCAUGUGAUCAAGGAGCAGAACAUGCUGGAUGUGUAUGUCAUGAUCGAGCGUUAUUGCAACCUCUUGAUCGAAAGAGUUCACCUCAUUGAACAAGAAAGGGAGUGUCCAGAGGAAUUGAGGGAGGCAGCAUCGAGUAUGCUUUAUGCUGCUUCGAGAUGUGGAGAUUUCCCGGAGCUUCAAGAGAUUCGUAACAUUCUCAGCGCUCGUUUUGGCAAGGAAUUCACUGCUCGUUCCAUUGAACUGCGCAACAAUUGCGGAGUCAACCUUACCAUGAUCCAGAAACUGUCGACUAGGAUGCCAACUAGGGAGAGCAGAAUGAAAGUGCUUAAAGAAAUUGCUUUCGAUAAUUCCAUUGUUCUGAACCUAGAAGACACUUCUGGUUCCGUUGAGGAUAAGAAGGUCCAGACACCACCUCACCCACUCGCCGGUUCAAGUGGCACAGCUGGAUCAGCAGAAGUUUUGCAGGCUUUUAAAGAAGAGACGGAAAAAGAUGAUAAGUAUUCUCAGAAGAAAUACAAGGAUGUGGCUCAUGCAGCUCAGGCUGCUUUUGAGUCUGCAGCUUAUGCAGCAGCAGCUGCAAGAGCAGCCGUGGAACUGUCCAGAUCCGAAACUCAUGAUUCUGAUGAUCAAAACAGUCCUGGUCCUAAACGAGGCAAGUUAUCUAGCAGAUACGAGUCCUCAAAAACUGAAUUUGGAUCACAGAAUGAGCACAUCACUGUUCAGAAUCAAGCUGAAGAAUUGAAGAGGUCAGCAUCUUCUUCAAGUUCAGAUUCAGGAGGUGACACACUGGAGGUGACUCCUCCAAUGUCCUCCGAUGCCAUAGGCCAACCCAGUCAUUCAGGCAAGGUCACAGUUUUUGAUGAUAGUGACAAUGAAGAAAGUACCAUGGCCCUAUCUCCAGAGAAAGUUCCUUCAAGGGUUCAAUCUGGCAUGAAGGUUGAGCCAGAGGGAUCAUCUAGAAGGCUAACAUUAAACCUGGAGAAAGGACCAUUCUCUCUGAGAAAUAGAUGGGUCCGUGGCCACUAAGAAGCAUGGUGGUAUUGUUUGUUAUCUGCAUGUAAGUUUUCUUAGUGUGCAUUUCGCUAUUAAUUUCAUUGUAUUUGUCUCUCAUUUGUUUUCUCAUACUGUAAAACUUCAUGUGAUAAGUUUUGACGCUCUGUGAUAUUAUUCUAUGAAAAAGUUAAUUGUUGUUGAUACCAA